AUGGGGCCACCGAGGACUGGUGGCCAGCCGGUGGCGUUGAGUGGUGAGGGCGAAACGAAAGGACAGCUGAAGGAGGUAGCGACAGUGAAAGGGAAAAUUGAAUGGGUUUUGGUCGGAAGAGGAGAAGACUUCAACGGUAGUGGUAGUGAGACGAAUGGACGACCAGGGUGUCCGAAAUCGAUGGAAAGCUUUGGUUUCCCGACGACGGUUUCUCUACGACAAAUGGUGAGCAUCCUUGACGAUCGACCACCAUGGGGCCGCGUGAAGCUUGACGUGCAUGGGUGGCUCUCUUUCGGUUGGGACAGAGAGAGGCAACAACUGAUAGGGGCUGGGGAUAAAUACUUUGGUAAAAACAUCGUUCAAGCUUUGAGAAGAAGGAAUGUUAUCAAUUUUGGUGACAGUGAACAACCAAAGGUAUCCCAAAAUCCAUUGCCAAACCAUGCUGGAGCCGGGAUUAACGCAGUCGCUGAAGAGAAAGGAAAGAGGAUUGUUAUGGAUGUUAGUGAGGUGGAAUCACCCAUGCUUUGGGUAUGGUGCCAAAUGGUUAAAGUGGGAUUAUUGAAGCCUAGUCUAUCAUGUGACCAGUAUAGCAGUGAAGAGGUGUGCCACUACCAUAAUUGCGCAGGACACAAUAUACAACAGUGUCGUGAUUUCUUAAAAUUGGUACAAGGGAUGAUGGACAAGAAAGAAAUCGAAUUCUUCAAAGAAGUGACUAAAAAAGAAAAAGCAGAGAUUUGCGCUUCUGAAGGAUCAUCCAAAGGGAUACACAGUGUUGGUUGUCCCAUCGUCAUUACUCCUAAGAAUCAAGUGAAUGAAAGGGUAGCUCCUUCAACUCCGUUCCCAUACAAAGAUAAUAAACAAGUGCCCUGGAGGUAUGAUUGUCAAAUGAGAGAGGGGGCAAAACAACAAGAAGAAAUAAAUGAAGUAGGGCACUUGACCAGAAGUGGUAGGUUCUUUUUCAAAGAGCUAGAGAAGAAGAUUGCUGCUGAAAAAGGAAAGAAUGUCGAUGUUCAGAUAAAAGAAGACGAACUCAUUAUCAAUGAACUGGGGUCGAAGGAUGAAACAGUGGAAUUCUUAAAAUUUUUGAAACAUAGUGAGUUCGGUGUUGUGGAACAAUUGCACAAGCUGCCUGCCAGUAUUUCUUUCCUAUCACUUCUUUUGAGUUCAGAGGCUCAUCGCAACGUCUUGAUAAAAGUUUUGGACCAGACCUUUGUCUCGAAGGAGUUACCCACAGAAAAGCUGGAGCGACUAGUUGCCAAAAUGCAGGCUGAUAACAUUCUAUCUUUUUCAAAGGAUGAGAUCCCUUCGGGGAUGAUUGACAAUCAUAAGGCUCUACACAUUACAGUUAGGUACAAAGGGCACGUUUUAUCCAGAGUACUUAUAAGCGAUGGUUCAGCGUUAAAUGUAAUCCCCUUGGUGACUCUAAAAAAGCUGCCAGUGGACAGUACCCUGAAGAGGAAUUGUCAAAGUAUGGUUCGAUCUUUUGAUGGAACAGAAAGAGAAGUGUUAGGCAAGAUUGAUAUUCCUUUGACUAUUGGUCCAGCGACAUUUGAAGUGGAGUUUCUUGUGAUGGACAUCAAGCCUACAUACAACUGCUUAUUGGGAAGACACUGGAUUCAUCAGGCUGGGGCAGUUUCAUCAACUUUACACCAGAGGCUAAAGUUCGUAUUUGAUGGAAGGUUGGUAUGCAUUCAUGCGGAAGAAGACAUUAUUGCUUCAGUUCCUGCAGCCCCAUAUGUUGAAGUGGAAGAAUAA